GAGAGAAAGCUACUGCCGACGAAGAAAAGAUUUGGGCGAAGAUCGAACGAGAACAGAAUGGAUGGACUAAGCAGGUUUUCAAGCUACCCCCGGAGGAUAGACCAGAGAGUAUUAUCAAGCCAUUUAAUCUCUCACCUUCUCUACUUUCUGGCUUCCGCUACCGUAUGCAGGAUGCUUACCGAAGUGUCACGGGUAAAGCGGUAAAAGAAGCGAGGAUCAAAGAGCUAAAGAACGAAGUUCUCAACAGCGGAAAGCUCAAGGCACAUUUCGAAGAUCACCCUAUGGAUUUAGAGUAUCUUCGACACGACAAACCUUUACAUCCUACAAGAGUUCAGACACAUAUGAAAUAUGUGCCAUCCUAUCUCCUACCUAAAAACAUGACAUCGGCCGUUAAAGUCGACUCGAGUACUGGGGAGCAAACUGGCCAGUUCGAUGGAGCAAUUGCAACUGGUGUCAUAGCGUGGCCAGCACAGAGGAAGAGGAAGAGGGCGAGGGAGAGCACCCACGAGUGCUCCGCCUGUAUCAAACAUAGCAUAUCUUCUGUAAACCCACCAGAUUCUAUUUUGACCUCUCCCACCGCCACCAUGUACGAAGACGACCUCUCUGACCUGUUACCACAACGCCGCACAGCGCUCCCAUCUUUCAAUGAUGAUGUGGAUGACCCGUUCAAAAACCCCUUUAACGAUGGUUCUGAUCCAUGGGCGGCCCAACCGACAGCUGGUGGAUUUGGAGAUUGGAACACGAAUGCUUUCGCAGACGAACCAUCGCACAACAUAUCUUCUCUGCCGCAAGACCCUGUUCCAAUAUCUCCGGACUCUCCAACAGCCUCUCGAAGAGAUGAUCCAAUAGCUCAAAAAGAGGAUGUUUCCUCACCUAGUCACCAUGACGAGCGGCCUCCAACAAUAUAUGCAGAAACACCGGUUGUAGAAAAUGUAGUAUCAGCUACACCAUCUACUGCAGUAGUGGAUCCUUUAGAUGCUGCCUUAUCCAAUGUAGAGGAACCUCCAGAGCAUAUACCAGUUUUCAAAAGAAAGCUACCAUUGGUCAUUAAUGACCAAACUACGACAACCCCGGAACCCUCGGCAGCAUCCGAUGCGAAGACAGAGAAGAAAGGACAGGACCCUGAAACAGAAGCACCAGAAGCGAACGAAGAUGCCAACAAAGUGGCUACUACGCCGUUGGCUACCCCUACUCAGGUCACUGAAGAACGCCCCAGUGAUUCUGCUGAACCGGAGGGAGUACCAGUCCUAUCUCAGCCUACUUUGGAAAUUCCAUCAUCCACUCCAGACACGUCGUUUUCAAACGAUAAUCAAGUAACUCCUCCGCAUUCGCUAACGCGAGUACAAUCCACUUCCGAUAUUGAGAGCAAAUCAUCUUUGGAUAAGGUCGCAAUCUCUCCUCUCGAGCGAACACCCGCCAUGCUCCCCAACCCUCUAGACAAGACAUAUACUGCACCACCGCCUUUAUCACUGGGAAGUGAGAUGGGUGCUGGUGGUUGGGGUGAUGGUUGGAAUCCUGCUCCAUCUAAUGGAAACUUUUAUGCGGUUUCCAAUACAAGUGCUCAACCAGCUUUGGAACAAUCGCCGACACACGGGGAGGAAGCCGCCAAAGAACGAGAAGAAGAAGAUCCUGAAGAUAAUAUUCCUCUCGCCCACUCACUCCCUAAAGCUCCGAUUCCAAUGUACACUAUUACCGUUGGGGAUCCACAGAAAGUGGGAGACCCAAUAUCUGCCCAUAUCAUUUAUACUGUUCACACCAAGACGACGAACUCAAACUACAAGAAAAGCCAGUUUUCAGUACUGAGGCGUUAUUCAGACUUUGUUUGGUUAUUUGAAACUCUUUGUAACAACAACCCAGGCGUCAUUGUUCCUCCUAUCCCUGAAAAAAACUCUUUCGGUCGAUUUCAGGAGGAAUUCGUUGCAGCUCGACGCUUGGCUCUCAAUAAAUGCAUCCAAAAAAUGGCCAAUCAUCCAGGACUAUGCAAUGACAAGGACUUGCAACUAUUCUUGGAAAGUGAUAACUUCUCACUAGAUGUGGGUAUCAGCGUUACAAUUUCAGUGUUUUGUCAUCUUAAUGGUUUGGUAUCUCAGAUCAAACACCGACGGGCUGAGGAGAAUACUGGUCUACUCUCGAUGUUUAGCAGUACGAUCACUGGAACAAAGUUUUACGAAACCGACGAAUGGUUCGAAACCAAAAAGGCCUAUCUCGAUGGCCUCGAGAACCAACUGAAAGGAUUGGUUCGGUCCAUGGAGGCAGUCGCGAAACAGAGAGCUGAAUCAUCACAAGCACUGUCGGAGUUGGCUGAAACCUUGGAGGCUGUAUCCACAGCAGAUAUUUCCAAACAACUAUCGAACGCAUUUUCUCACCUUGCAACCGUCCAACGCAAGGCUAAAGAAUUACAAGAUGAGCAAGCUCAACAAGAUGUAAUCACCUUUGCUGGGACAGUUGAGGAAUAUGGGCGAAUGAUUGGUUCUGUCCGAUUGGCCUUUGGUUCGCGCGUAAAAUGCUUUAAUCAGUGGCAGAAUGCUGAAAAUGAGCUUCGACGUGUCAAAACCAACUACGAUCGUGCCAAGAAGCAAUCUAAGACACCCGAGAGAUUGCAUUAUUUCAUGCAAGAAGUGGCAGAUGCGGAGCGCAAAGUCAUCCAUACCAAAUCUGAGUUUGAAAGGGUUACGAAACUUCUCAAGAUAGAGCUUCACCGAUUUGACAUGGAAAGGGUAGAAGAUUUCAAGCGUUCCCUUGAAGCAUUCUUGGAUGGGAUGAUCAGAAGGCAGAAAGAGUUAAUCAACUCUUGGGGAGAAUAUCAGAGCACACUCCUCCAGAAGAGUGAGACCAAUCCUGAAUCUAAUGGACCCGAAGGUGAUGAAGAGCCGACUGCCGUUGAAUUUUCAAGGAGCGACCAUAGCCACUUCAGCAGCUUGUACCAGUCGACCACCCAGCGCUCCCCGGUUUUCUUCAAUAUGUCUUGGGUUUCGAUUUUGGCAUCGGUGGGGAUGGCCGUAGGUCCACCACUGGUUUACGCAGACCAAAGUGAGUGGCAUUUGCCUCUUUACCAGACAACGCCUUAUGGCUUCUCGAGGCAGUCUACGCCAAAGUCGGAAAGGCUAACGAAUCCUGCUUUCAUAGGUUACUCCAUUAUAAAGAAGAAGGAUGCUACAGGCUUUUCACGGGACGUGACUGCGAUUCUUCUGAUUGCGAACAUCACAAGAUGCAUGUUUUGGAUUGGAAAGCGCUUUGAGUUUGGUCCGUACCCUCCGCUUUCAAAGCUGGUUGACAAUGUUCUCAAAUCGUGUCAUCAGCAUUGCUCGUUCAGAGUAUCCUCAUGA